AACUCCAGUCCUACGGAGAAAAAAUUAUUACUUCCGACGCUUCCGGAAAUCAAUCCGGACUGGCGCGCGUAAGGCCUCCGCACGUAAUAAUCUCUCCCGGCAGAGUCAGGCGAAGCACGAGGAGGAGACCAGAGGGCGGGAUGGCCGGAAAAAAGAAAAUGGCGGAAGGGCUUGAGAUGGGCCGCCGCUUGGGGUAGAAGAGCAGGAGAGCACACUGAGAAUCUAGAUGCGUUGUUGGAAUUUAAUAAUACGUGGCAGCCGUUAAACCCGUAUUUUUUCUCCAUCCCGCAUGGACGGUUGGUCGUGGAACUCUACGAAGAUGCUAUAAAAGGCACAACGAGGCUCGAAAAAUAUGUCAGGGAAGGCUGGAGGCGCUCCUCGCCGGAUGGCUUCUCUCUUCUCUCUCUCUUCUUUCCUUGAAAACACUCGCCCUCUUCUUUUCCCAAACCCUAAUCCUAGUCUCCGAUUCUCUUCGCCGCGCCCGAUAACGUUUUGGCGCUGCGUGAGGGCGAACGGCGAAAGGGAGAGUUCCUCGCCGCCGCCUCUUACAGUAGAGAAGAGGUCGCUGGCUGUUGCCACUGGGGAGCUCUUCUUGGGACUCGCAUCAGUGCUUCUUAGGAUCCGAAGCUCCUCUGUUGGGGGCGCUGUCGUUGUGUCGGAGGAGAAAGAGGAGGCGGGCUAUUCUGGGAGUCGGGGGAAAGUUGCGUCGGUGAUAGAAGAGUCCGUGAUCUGGGAGCAGAUUUCGGACGGUUUGGUGGCGGAGAGGGAGAGGAAGAAGGUGACGAGCCCCGGGUUCAGCUUCUCUGCCGCGGGGUUGCUGUUUCCCUAUCAUCUCGGUGUUGCUCGGCUUCUUCUUGAGAAUGGUUACAUUAAGGAAACUACACCAUUAGCUGGUUCUUCAGCUGGUGCAAUAGUUUGUGUGGUGAUCGCUUCAGGAAGUAGCAUGAAUGAUGCUUUGCAAGCUACGAAAAUAUUGGCUGAAGAUUGUAGACUCAAAGGCACCGCAUUUAGACUUGGAGCAGUCCUGAGAAAUGUUCUAAAUGAAUUUCUACCAGAAGAUGUUCACAUCAGAUCUAAUGGAAGGGUCCGUGUUGCUAUAACCCAAUUAUCAUGGAGGCCUAAAGGUUUACUUGUUGAUCAAUUUGAUUCCAAGGAAGACCUUAUCAAUGCGGUCAUUACUUCUUCAUUUAUUCCUGGGUACUUAGCUCCAAGGCCUGCUACACUUUACCGCAACCGGCUGUGCAUUGAUGGGGGUUUGACAUCGUUUAUGCCACCAACUUCUGCCUUAAAAACAGUUAGGGUUUGUGCUUUUCCAACAAAAAGAAUGGGAUUGAGAGAUAUUGGGAUCAGCCCUGAUUGCAACCCUGAGAAUAGAGCUAGUACGAGACAGCUCUUCAACUGGGCACUCGAACCUGCAGAGGACAACAUCCUUGACAGGCUUUAUGAGCUCGGUUAUCUGGACGCCAAAGUCUGGGCUGAACAGAAUCCUGUGGACUCCAUUGUCAUGGAAGAAAGCUCACCAAAAUGAUUGGAAUUACAGGAUAGUUGAAACCGAAAAUGGAAAGAGUUGAAUUUGAAUUAAAAUUCUAUGCUGUUCCAGUUAUGAUUAUUUAACACAACUCCAUCUAGUUUGUUAUCUUGGUUCAGCUUUUGACAUGUUAGAAAAAUGACUUUCUCAUCAUUUUCUUUUUCUUUCUUUAUCUUGUUACUCAAGGAGUUUUACCUGUAAUAUAUUUUUCCUA